AUGCAGACAAUUCAUAACGACCAACAACAGAGAGCUCCUACGGCCCCUGUACGCCGCAAGAUAACCGAAAAGGAUUUCAUUCAGAACUGGGGACACUUUUGGUAUGAAUUGGAUGAUGCUAUAUUCACGUGCUCUGAUAAGGUGAUCAAGGAAAGGAAAAAGGAUAUCGAUCUACUGAACAAACAGCACAAGAAAAAAACAAAGGCCAAUCUGGAGAAUGAACAAGACAAUGACACCAAGUCUAACCUUGCAAAGAUUUUUCAUAUACUGGAGAAAAAGAUCGAGGACAAUGAAGCUUCGGAUAUUCAUGUUGAUGAAAAAAUAGCAGUGCCCAAACAAAGCAGUCAACUAUGUACCGACAAAGACGGGAAGGAUUGGUGCAAUCUAUCGAGUAACCCCUUCGACCUAUACGACUUUUACGUGUCUGAAGAUGACUGGAACUGUUACAUGAACAGCCUUGCGGCCGAUAUGAAGUUUAAGGCUACGCUAGUUCCUCGACUACAUUCCCCUUAUGUGGCUUUUCUUACGACGCCAAGCCAAGAGGUGGAAGUGGUCCAAGGUGCCUACGGAGCCUUUCUAGAAGCUACCAGGCCCCCAAAGCCUGCAGAUGAAGAAGCCAGGGUUAAUCACGUAAAGCAGCUCGCCGGUAACCUCAAGUUGAAGUCUUGGCAUAAGCACGCACAUGUCGCGGAUUUGGAUGAUAAUCAGAUUUUCAAGCAGUGUGCAAGAGGUGUCAGAUUUCAGAGCAGUCUCAACUACCGCAAGAUCGAAGUAGCGGCGGGUGAAAGAGACCCUAAGUACGAUCAAAAAGCCAUUAUGGGUAACCAAUCUGCAUCCAAGGUUGCAUCUUCGCUCGGGUGGAAACAUAACAACGAUCUGACCUUUAUUAACGAACAUGACCGCUAUGGAAUCAACUGGAAAGCGGCUUUUACAUUGCAGAGCAUAGCAUCCAGUAACUACAUCUUCGCGCCUAUUCCUAGGGAGGCCACCUUGAUUCAAAAGAAUAUCAAGGAGAUAAGCUAUGAGAAAGCAUGGCAGAAUCUGUUUAUUUUCGAGCAUGAGUUGAAGAGCCUACUGGAAGGACGUAACCCUCCAGCCGGCCAGCUGUGGAUUCGAACCAACUGUCCUACAGCCACUGAUACAGAUAAUUCCGAAAUUUCAGAGAAGCAGGCAUCAGGCGGUUGGGGCAGCCUCGACGUCGUCGAGGAAGAGCAGUACCAAACGAACUCGAAAAACACAACUACGCAAGCUGGCAAAUUUACCCGGACAUCUGUGACUAUUGACAACAGUUGCACAAUCUCACAGCAAAGGGCUACCAAGGGUAUUAGGUUCUAUCCUUUUGGGCGAUCGUUCUACCACCGGGCCGAGAGCCUCCUUGAUAGUAUUCUAUUUGCUGAGCUCAAGGAAUUUGCACGAUCUAGAGUUACGGACACUCUGGGCAAUAGUCAAGCUGACAAAACGAAGGAGAAGGUCUUUGGAAAGCGCAACAUGCCACCAGAUGGGAACUCAAACACGAAAUGGACAGGAGACAAUCAGGGUGGAAAUCUACCGCCGGGAGGAAGUACCAAGAACCAAAACAAAUCUGGAAACGAUGGCCUCAAUAAGGACAGGGAUGACAUGGCGGAGUACGGGAACCCAGAAGCGGUGUCAAAAAGGCAACGAAAUACAAGCCGGUACCUAGAUACAGGCGAAUUUGAGCCGCUGGGUAAGAAAGUGAAUGUCGAAGGAAGGGGCGCCGACCUGCGAGCGAGAUAUGAUGUAGAGCGAGAAAGGCAGCAGAGCUAUUCUGUACUCAAGUGGAACUUUGAGGCGUUGCGGGCUAAUGAAAAGACAUCCAAAAGCCAGGAAGUCAAGCCCAAGCUUCCAGACGGCAAGCGAGCGCCUCCAUCAGAGAUGAAACAGAAUCGGGUCAUUCGUCAGCUUGAAGUACACCCAGACUACAUUUCCAACGAUGGCAUCACCAUGUCCAUGGCCGCAGUCACACUGCAACACCAGAGAGAGAUAAAGGACAGGUACAAGAGCCACAUAUCUGGAUUUGCAACAGGCAGGCAGAACUUCUUGGAUGAUUCAUUGGGUGCCAUCCAGACUCAUCAGAGCGCGUAUACUUCGCAAAACGAGUCACGGGGCGGGGGUAGCGAAGCCAACCUCGGAAACUACCAUUUUGGGCUUUCUUAG